CCACUUCCAGAUCCUCAGCAGAGCGGUACACUCCUGACACCAUGUGCUACUAUGGCGGCUACUAUGGUGGCCUGGGCUAUGGCUAUGGUGGCCUAGGCUGUGGCUGUGGCUAUGGUGGCUGCGGUGGCUAUGGUGGCUAUGGUUAUGGCUGUUGCCGCCCUCUGUGCUGUAGAAGAUACUGGUCCUAUGGCUUCUACUGAGGAAUUUCCACUGCUGCUAACCUAUUGGCUACAUCUUCCUGUUUUCUUGCAACUGUCCCCAAUUUCUUUCAAGUGAGAAAUGUUUAAGAUCUUCAAAACAAAAAUAAUACACCAAACCAUUAAAAAAAAAGCAAAUCUAAUGUAGCAUACAAUUUUAAUUUAUAUGUAUCUGUAGUCUUGAGCAAUUAUAUGGACAAAAGUUUCUGUAUUACCAUUACAAGAGAGCAUAAAAUGUGAUCAAAUUUGACACUCAAUUGUGGUAUACAAAAAUGAAUU